AUGCUGCUGCUCCUCCUGCUAUUGCUCACCACCGCAGCAACCACCAACUGUGCAGCUGCUUCCUCAUCUUCCACUGGUCAUGGCAGCGAUGUGGGAGCUCUUCUCUCGUUCAAGGAAAAGAUCUCCCACCACUCUGGCGUGCUGGACUCCUGGAACCAGAGCACCAGCUACUGCAGCUGGGAGGGAGUCACCUGUGGCACGAGACACCGGUGGAGGGUGGCAGCUCUGAACCUCAAUUCCCAGGGACUCACCGGCACCAUCUCCCCAGCCAUCGGCAACCUCACCUUCCUGCGCUCACUCAAUCUGAGCAGCAACACCCUUCAAGGUGUGAUCCCUCCCAGCAUCGGCUCCCUAAUGCGCCUCCGGCGUAUCGACCUGAGUGAAAACAUGCUCACCGGUGUCAUUCCAAGCAACAUUAGCCGCUGUAUCAGCCUCCAAUUCAAGACGCCACUGAAGAAAGAAAUAUCACCUCAAUUCGCAGAGAUAGAGCUUCCAAUAGUUCCAUACAAUGAUAUAGUGAAAGGAACAGAUGGAUUUUCAGAAGCAAAUUUGCUUGGAAAGGGGCGAUAUGGUACAGUAUACAGGGGCACUCUAACUCUAGAUAAGCAAGCCACUGUCGUCGCUGUUAAGGUGUUUAACGUCCACCAAUCAGGGUCCUACAAAAGCUUCCAGGCUGAAUGUGAGGCACUAAGAAGAGUGAAGCACCGAUGCCUUGUAAAGAUCAUUACAUGUUGUUCUAGCAUCAAUCACCAGGGUCAAGAUUUCAGAGCAUUAGUCUUCGAGUUCAUGGCUAAUGGCAGCUUAGUUAGAUGGAUUCAUUCAAAUUAUGGAGCACUGAGCUUGCCACAGAGGUUAGAUAUUGCAGUAGACAUUGUGGAUGCUUUGGACUAUCUUCACAACAGUUGCCAGCCACCAGUCGUACAUUGCGAUCUCAAGCCGAGUAACAUUCUUCUCAAUCAGGACAUGAGAGCUCAUGUUGGGGAUUUCGGCAUUGCUAGAGUUCUAGAUGAAUCAACAAGCAAAACUCAAAUGAUUUACAAUAGCUCCAUAGGAAUAAGAGGCACCAUCGGAUACAUUGCUCCAGAAUAUGGUGAAGGGCUUGCAGUAUCAACUUAUGGUGAUGUGUACAGUUUUGGUGUUAUUUUGAUUGAGAUGUUUAUAGGAAGGAGCCCGACAGAUGAUAUGUUCAGAGAUGGGAUGAGCCUGCAUUAUUUUGCUAAGGCAUCUCUUCCUGACAAGGUUAUGGAGAUAGCAGAUUCCAAUAUAUGGCUGCAUGAUGGGGUAAACACCAAAAAUGAUAAAAGGCAUAUGAAAACAAUUGAAGAAUGUUUGUAUUCAGUCAUCCAUCUCGGUGUCCUAUGCUCAAGGCAAUUGCCCACAGAGCGGCUGUCAAUAAGCGAUGCUGCUGCAGAGAUGCAUGCUAUCAGAGAUUCAUACAUCACUGCUUGA